AUGGCAAGUCUAAGCUUUCAUAUAAUCUAUUUGUCUGUUGUUUGUGUAUGUAUUAUCAUCCCAACCAGCAGCCAGCCCCAAAAGCAUGCUGCACUUUUCAUCUUUGGUGAUUCAUUUUUUGAUGCUGGAAAUAAUAACUUUAUCAAUACCACCACUGAUUAUCAGGCAAAUUUCUGGCCAUAUGGGCAAACCUUCUUUGACUACCCCACUGGAAGAGUUUCCGAUGGCCGCAUGAUCCCUGAUUUUAUAGCUGAGCAUGCAAAACUCCCAUUCAUUCCACCAUAUCUACAACUUGGUAAUGAUCAAUUUUCUUAUGGGGGAAAAUUCGCAUCUGCUGGAGCUGGAGCUGGAGCCCUGGAUGAGAUUAAUCAAGGAUUGGUGAUAAGCCUAAACACUCAGCUAAGCUAUUUCAAGAAUGUGGAGAAACUGUUUAGGCAAAGGCUAGGUGAUGAAGCUGCCAAGAAAGUGUUGUUUGAAGCUGUGUACUUGAUCAGCAUUGGCACCAAUGACUACCUGAGUCCCUUCUUUAGAGACUCCACUGUGUUUCAGUCCUACUCUCAGAAACAAUACAUAAAUAUGGUGGUCGGCAAUUUGACAGAAGUCAUCAAAGAAAUAUAUAAGAAAGGAGGAAGGAAGUUUGGGUUUGCUAAUUUGGCGCCAUUGGGUUGUCUACCAAUCAUGAAAGAAAUCAAACUCCAACAGGGAGGCACCGGUGAGUGCAUGGAAGAAGCCACAGAGCUAGCAAAACUACACAACAUAGCUCUCUCCAAGGCCCUGCAGAAGCUAGAGAUCAAGUUAAAAGGCUCAAAUUUUCAAUUUCCAAUUUCCAAUUUCUAUACUCUCCUUGAGGAAAGAAUGAACAAGCCUUCAAAAUAUGGUUUCAAGGAAGGGAAGAAAGCAUAUUGCGGUUCGGGUCCCUACAGGGGCCUUUUGAGUUGUGGAGGGAAGAGAACAAUAAAAGAGUAUGAGUUAUGCAGCAAUGUAAGCGAAUAUGUGUUGUUUGAUUCAGCUCAUUCUACCGACAAGGCCAACCCAAUGUGGAAGGGAACUGGCAAUGUCUCAGGACCCUACAAUUUGGAAGCUCAGAGCCAUCCCCACCAGCCCGAAAAGCAUGCUGCACUUUUCAUCUUUGGAGAUUCAUUUUUUGAUGCUGGAAACAAUAUUUACAUCAACACCACUACUGAUUAUCGGAGAAAUUUCUGGCCAUAUGGGGAAACCUUUUUCGACUACCCCACUGGGAGAGCUUCUGAUGGCCGCUUGAUACCUGAUUUUAUUGCUGAGUAUGCAAAACUCCCAUUCCUUCCACCAUAUCUACAGCCUGGUAAUAAUCAAUUUAUUUAUGGGUCAAACUUUGCAUCUGGGGGAGCCGGUGCUUUGGAUCAGACUAAUCAAGGAUUGGUGAUAAAUCUCAACACACAGCUAACCUAUUUCAAGGAUGUGGAGAAACUAUUGAGGCAGAAGCUAGGUGAUGAAGCUGCCAAGAAAAUGCUGUUUGAAGCUGUCUACUUGAUCAACAUCGGAUCCAACGACUACUUGAGUCCCUUCUUAUGGAACUCCACUGUGCUUCAGUCCUACUCUCACGAACAAUACGUUCAUAUGGUGAUCGGCAAUUUGACUGUAGUAAUCAAAGAAAUAUAUAAGAAAGGAGGAAGGAAGUUUGGGCUUCUUAAUGUGGGGCCAUUAGGCUGUGUGCCAAUUAUGAAAGAAAUCAAACUCCAACAGGGAGGCAUGGGGUGCAUAGAAGAAUCCACAGAGCUAGCAAAACUACACAACAUAGCUCUCUCCAAGGUCCUGCAGGAACUAGAGAGCAAGUUGAAAGGAUUCAAAUAUUCAAUUUCCAAUUUCUAUACUUUUCUUGAGGAAAGAAUGAACAACCCUUCAAAAUAUGGUUUCAAAGAAGGGAAGAUAGCAUGUUGUGGUUCGGGUCUCUUCAGAGGACUUUCGAGCUGUGGGGGGAAGAGUAGCAUAAAGGAGUAUGAGUUAUGCAGCAAUGUGAGCGAAUACGUGUUCUUUGAUUCAGUUCAUCUUACAGACAGGGCCUGCCAGCAGAUAGCUGAGCUAAUUUGGAGUGGAACUCACAACAUUACAGGACCCUACAAUUUGAAAGCACUAUUUGACAGUCUUCAAAUGGAAAGUUCAGGCAUUUCCGUAAUCCAUGCCUUGCUCUUCUGUGCAUGCCUAGUCAUUCCAUCAAGAGGCCUGAGUCAUCCCCACCAGAUCCAGAAGCAUGUGGCAUUUUUUGUCUUUGGGGAUUCACUUUUUGAUGCUGGAAACAAUAAGUACAUCAACACCACUGAUCAACGGGCAAAUUUCUGGCCAUAUGGUGAAACCUUCUUUGGGCACCCCACUGGGAGAUUUUCUGAUGGCCGCCUGAUCCCUGAUUUUAUAGCUGAGUAUGCAAAACUCCCAUUCCUUCCACCAUAUCUACAACCUGGUAGUAAUCAACUUACUUAUGGGGCAAACUUUGCAUUUGCUGGAGCUGGUGCUCUAGAUGAGACUAAUCAAGGAAAGGUGAUAAACCUUAAUACACAGCUGACCUAUUUUAAGAACAUGGAGAAACUGUUGAGGCAGAAGCUAGGUGAUGAAGCUGCAAAGAAAAUUCUAUUAGAAGCUGUUUACUUGAUUAGCAUUGGAAGCAAUGACUACUUGAGUGGUUACUUCACAAACUCAAGUGUGCUUCAGUCCUACCCUCAGAAGCUAUACCGGCAUAUGGUGAUUGGAAAUUUGACAGUUAUUAUCAAAGAAAUAUACAAGAAGGGAGGAAGGAAACUUGGGGUCCUUAGCUUGGGGCCAUUAGGUUGCAUACCAGCCAUGAAAGCAAUCAAGAAACCAGGAACUGGUGAGUGUAUAGAAGAAGCCUCAGAGCAAGCAAAACUACACAACAAAGCUCUGUCCAAGGUUCUGCAGAAGCUAGAGAGCAAGUUAAAAGGAUUCAAAUACUCGAUGUUUGAUUUCUAUACCACUGUUGAGGACAGAAUGGGCAACCCUUCAAAAUAUGGUUUCAAAGAGGGGAAGACAGCAUGCUGUGGAUCAGGUCCCUACAGGGCUCUUGUUGACUGUGGGGGGAAGGGAACAAUGAAAGAGUAUGAGUUAUGCAGCAAUGUAAGGGAAUAUGUGUUCUUUGAUGGAGGUCAUCCUACUGACAAGGCCAACCAGGAAAUGGCCAAGCUAAUGUGGAGUGGAACUCACAACAUUACAGGACCCUACAAUUUGAAAGAACUAUUUGCUUGAACUAUGUUAUAGCAUUUUGCUGGCAUUCAUAAUAUGUACCUCAUAUUUUUGAAUACCUGAUAAAUGUGCUCAAUGUUUGGUUUCUUCUGAAUGGAAGUUCUGUUGAGGCAAUUA